AUGGACACCUCGGAGACCAACAGCACGACGGAGGAAGAGGAGGAGGAGAAAAUGGCCUCCGAGCAGCGACCCAGGACGCGGUCCAACCCGGAGGGGGCCGAGGACCGCACCCUCAGCCUGCAGGCCAGCGUGGGCAGUCGAAGCGAAGGGGAGGGGGAGGCAGCCAGCACCACCACCAGCCCCCCCAGCUCUGCCGUCCAGGCCCCCAACGGCAAGACCUGGCUGGCCCCGGCCCCUCCCUCCGAGUUCCAGGUCCGGACACCGCGGGUGAACUGCCCGGAGAAAGUGCUCUCCGGCUUUACGUCCGAACCCCGGGAGGUCUGCAGCUGUUUGUACGACCUGAAGACCGUCCUCUGCAAAUCCUUCA